AUGUGUCAGCUUUAUGAACUUGGAAAAUCAGAUGACCUAUCAUUGUUCACCUGUGAGCGCAAAGAUCUGAAAGACGAUUCUCCCCGCAUCAAAAUCACACUAUGUUUGUUCGUACCUUAUUGCCAGGAUAAAUCUAUACGAGGAUUUGCAAAAACUGUUAGCACAGAACGUAAAGCUAGUGAGAUGGAAGAAGGAGAUACAUUUACAGGAAAAACUUUUGGAAUUGUCACAGAUGCAGAAAAGUGUUAUUUUUUAGAAUGUUCAUAUAACGAGGGGAAGUUAUCGUUUAAGCUAUCAGAACCAGUGACUGUUGUGUACAAAGAUGAAGAUUUGCAAGCUAAGGUGGAAAAGGUCCUCAAACAUAUUGUAUGUUUAUUUGAGGAUGCGCAGAAGCUGGAUUCAGUUCUUGACGUAGACAAAUCUAGAGAGAUAAAUCAAAGGGUAAGGUUGGCAGGCAAUCUUGCAGGAAUGGGUACCUCUAGUACCAAAUCGAAUUAG